ACAAAACCUGUUGUGCGGAAGCGUCAACCAAUUUCGAGUGAAAAAUUAACAACUGGCAGGAGAUAAAAUAAUGAACACAAAACAACACUAACAAGAACACCAAGAUUUAUACUGGUUCGACAAUGCCUACAUCAAGUUUGGAGACGACGGAGUAUUCCACUAUAAUCAAUGAGAGAAUACAAUAGUGUUUAACACUCAGAAACCCAAGCCCCAAAUAUACCCAAGGUCACACACUCAAGAAUAUAAAGAGAAUACAAAUUGAGUACAAUUUAGAGAAAGGGAAAAAUAACCAACGACAUCAACAAUUUGUUUUGCUGCCCAACUCUUAUUUUUCCUCUCUCAAUUUUCUCUCUGCAAACUUCUGUCUCUCCUACUCUGGGCUGCUGCUGCUUCUCCUUUUAAAGCCAAAGGAAGUGGCUUCUCAAAGAAGCCAACGGCCAAAUAAUAUAUUCUACUUUUGGCCGAAAGCAACUUUGCUUUUGAGACAAUAGUCAACAAAACCUUUAUAUAGCAGGAACUGACCUCAGCGGAGUAAUCCCCAACCUCUCCAAUGCUUCUAUGCUCACGAACCUAGAUUUGGGCAAAAACUCAUUUACAGGGUUUAUUCCAAGCACGCUCUGUGCCUUGACAAACCUUCAGACGCUUAGGUUAUCAACGAAUAAUUUGGCGAUUGAUACUUCGACUCUCUCUUGUUUGGCUAAUCUUGCAAAUUUGACAACACUACAGUUGCAAAAUAAUCCCUUAAAUGUCAGACUUGAUGAUUCCUUUCGGAAUUGCUCUACAUUGUCGCGGCUUCAAUAUAUUUUUUUAUCCAAUUGCAGCAUGAGGGGUAACAUUCCCAUUGGUAUUAGCAACAUUAGCGGCUUGGUAAGCUUAUUCCUGGAUGGCAAUCAAUUGAGUGGAUCAAUUCCAACUUCACUGGGAAGACUAGGGAAUCUCCAAGGUUUGCGCUUGAGUAACAACAAAUUGCAAGGGUACAUCCCAUAUGAACUUUGUCAACUAGAUAAGCUAGUUGUAUUGCUUUUGGGUGGUAAUCAGCUCUCUGGUUCUAUACCUUCCUGUUUGGGUAAUCUAGCCGCAUCUCUAAGAACUCUAUCACUGGAGUCCAAUUCGUUGAGUUCCACAAUACCAUCAACUUUUUGGAAUCUUGUUCAUAUCUUGCAUGUCAACUUGUCAUCCAAUUCUCUAAUUGGAUCUCUCUCACAAGAUAUUGGAAACUUGAAAGUUGUGAUAGAUGUAGAUUUAUCAAAUAACCAUUUAUCUGGUGUUAUACCAAGCACCAUUGGCGGUCUUCGGGAACUGGUUAGUCUAUCCUUGGCAAGUAAUAAUUUGGAAGGACCUAUUCCAAGUUCAUUUCACAACUUGCUAAGCCUGGAACUCUUGGAUUUAUCCAGAAACAAUCUGUCUGGAGUGAUUCCCGAGUCUUUAGAAGCUUUGUCACUUCUCAAGUAUCUGGAUUUGUCUUUCAACAGGCUCCAAGGACAAAUUCCAACUGGUGGCCCAUUUCAAAACUUCUCUGCUCAAUCAUUUGUCUCAAACAGUGCACUAUGUGGUGCACCCCGACUUCAUGUUCCACCAUGCAAAAAAGGUACACUCGAACCAAAUUGGAGGAAAGCUAAAUAUAUCGUCCCAGGGAUCAUGUCAGUAGUUCUCCUAGUGGCCUCCGUAUCUAUCUUUCUACUACGCAGGAAAAGGAAUGUGGAAGUUACAAUAGAGGCUAGCUCAUUGCUUCAACCUCUUUGGAGAAGAGUUUCACGCCUAGAACUUCUAAGGGUAACGAAUGGAUUUCACGAAAGCAACUUACUUGGAAGUGGAAGUUUUGGAUCAGUAUAUAAAGGGACACUUUCAUAUGGAAUAGAUGUUGCAGUAAAGGUUUUCAGUUUACAGCUAGAAGGGGCAUUCAAGAGUUUUGAUAGGGAAUGUGAAAUCCUAAGCAAUAUUCGUCAUCGAAACCUUGUCAAAAUCAUCAGUUGUUGCAGUGAAAUUGAUUUCAAAGCUCUAGUACUGCAAUACAUGCCAAAUGGGAGCCUCGAGAACUGGUUGUACUAUCAAGACUAUUCUUUGCAUAUCUUACAGAGGAUGAACAUAAUGAUAGACGUUGCGUCGGGAUUGGAAUACCUUCACCAUGGUUAUUCAAUACCUAUAGUCCAUUGUGAUUUGAAGCCGAGCAAUAUACUACUAGAUGAUGAUAUGGUUGAGCAUGUUGCUGAUUUUGGAAUUGCAAAACUCUUGGAUGGAGGAGAUUCUAUGACCCAAACCAUGACCCUAGCCACAGUUGGGUAUAUGGCUCCAGAGUAUGGAAUGGAAGGAAUAGUUUCAAGAAGAGGGGAUGUGUACAGUUUUGGAAUUCUAGUGAUGGAAACAUUCACCAGAAGGAAGCCAACAGAUGAGAUGUUUGUUGAGGAAAUGAAUAUAAAGCAAUGGGUUGCGAACUCACUAUUAUUACCAGAUGCAAAGAUAGAUGAAGUUGUGGAUGCCAAUUUGCUUGGGAUUGGGACAGAGCAGGAAGAUGAUGAUCACGUGAGAAAGAGGGAUUGCUUAUCAUCCAUUAUGCAAUUAGCUCUUGCUUGCUGUGCAGAAUCACCAUAAGAGAGGAUGAGUAUGAAAGAAGCUGUAGAUACACUCAAUAAAAUCAAGAUGAAGUUUUCCAGGGACGCCACAAGAA